UUAUACAGCUUGACCUAAAUAUUGUUAAGUUAUCAGCAGACCCUUAGAUUUACUUUCAAAAGCAAAUGGAACCUUUUAAUUGAACUACUUGCAUUGCACCAGCAACCCGAACUUCUUCAAGAUCCUCUUUUGCCCAGCAGUCUGCAUGACACCAAGCAGCCGAAAGCUGGAAAGAUGGAGAAAGGGAACCCACACGGCAAAUACAAGCAGCGAUCUCACGAGACAUCUCGUGAUAGGCACCUUGUAGAGCUUGAAGACAACCCUGAGCAACCGUCUAUUGUCUUGCUGGGAGAUUCCAUGAUUGAACGCAUGAUCACAACUGGCUUAUCUCCCAGCUUCGACCCGUGGCCAUCUGCAACUAUGAUCAGCGAUGAAACCAUGAUUCAGCACCAGCUUCAAGCCUCUUCGGCUAGCCCUGGACGCUUACAAGGCGUCUUCAACGCUGGCGUGGGCGGCGACAAGUUCGAAAACGUCAUCUAUCGACUCACUGGCUCACCAGAGCCCUCGAGACCUCUUGAUGGUCUACUGAAAGCCCUUCGGAAACGCACUGUCAAGUUAUGGGUGUUGCAUGUGGGUACAAACAACCUACACCCCAAGCGCGGAAUGAGGGAACCCGACAUGGCUCUGCUUCGCUUGAUUGUUGAGGCCCUACUCGAGAUGGGUGGAAAGAUACUUCUCGUCGGGCUCUUCAGGAGGAAGGACAUCAAUGAUGAGCUGGUUGAGAAAGCGAAUGUGAACUACCUCGAGCUUGUUCGAGAGUUCCAAAAGAAAGGAUCAGACCGGAUAAAGUUCUUGGAGCCACCCUUAGUCGAUAUGGAUGAAUGUUUGGCAGACCACGUCCAUCUGAACGAGAGGGGUUACCACAUCUGGUCCAAGGUUUUGUUUAGAGAAGUCACGAAUGCUAUGAAGUAAUGGGCUUCAGAAUGCAUACUUUUAAUCCCAUCAUUGCGUUAUUAGUUUUACAGUUCUAUAUAAAAAAUACUUCAUAAUGUAGGUCGGCGCCCAAAGAAUUGUGGCUAACAUUGAGUUUGGGCCUCAAGGUUUCUAAGGUUCCACGGGAAUCUUUGACAAAAUCCACCAC